AUGCACCCCGUCUAUAGAAGCGUUGCGCAGGUUUUAACGCUGACGGAAACGUCAUCCGCUUCGCUGCGCACGUUUCUGUACCGCGAACGAACGCGUCUGGGUACCGAGUGGCCACGCGUGUACGCCUUGGCAACCGAGACACACCGCUGGAGCCACGAACUCGAGCGGAUACUGCAGAGUGCGAUCCAGCAGCAACCAAAAGAUGAACGGCGCUGGUGGCACGACUGGUUGAGACGUCCCACGAACCACUGGCUAGCUCGAGUUGUGGUCUACGAACGCUGUUUUGGCCGCGGUAACUUGCUUCGCGCUGGAGGGUUCAUCGCUCGUAAGCUCAAAAAAUUGCUCAGCGCAUCAACAACGUCCUGUGGCGGGUCCAGGACGAACACCGAUGAGCCGCCAUCUUUUCAACAAACAGAGGAUUAUCGCUUUUUCUGGUUUCGACCGCAAGUCCUUGGCGGUUUGGAUCCUGCGGCAGUCGAACGCGCCUUCCCUGGAUGCGUUGAACGCGAUCUUGCAUACCCGGACCUCUUCUGGUGUUUCCAUGGAGACCUAGGGGCAUUCCUCAGCCAUGAGUGGGUGCAGCGCGGGCUACUCAUCGUGCAGGACAGAGGUUCGUGCCUGGCUGCGCUCGCGCUCCAACCACAACGCGGCUGGCACCUUAUCGAUGCAUGUGCAGCACCUGGGAAUAAAAGCAUGUUUCUUGCCAAUCUGCUGCAACAGAGUGGCAUGGUUUAUGCAUUCGAAAGAGAUGCCGAACGUUAUCGGGCGAUGGUAUCGCGUGUUCGCAGCGCAGGAUUCACCCAGAGCAUUCGCAUGCAUCUGAAGGACUUUCGAACAGUGGUAUCCGAUGAUGCUCAUGAUGGCGCUCUUGCGCAAGCGUCAGCGAUCCUAGUCGAUCCGUCGUGCUCAGGGUCUGGUUUAGUGCGUUACCGGCCCGUCGGGGAGCGCUAUAACUGGUCCAGAAUCGGUCGACUGGCUGCCGUUCAGAUUCAGCUACUUCGGCAUGCGCUGGUGGCUUUUCCUCGAGUCCGGCGGGUUGUCUACUCCACGUGUAGCGUACUGAUUGAGGAAAACGAAAAAGUUGUCGAGGCGCUGCUCGCCGAUCCGUUCAUCGCAAGUCGUUGGCGCUUGGACACUGUCUUCCCCGCGUGGCCGCAUCGUGGUUUGGCUGGCUGCUCUGCAGCGGUUCGUAUUCCCGCGCAGGCAGCGCAGACACGAACCCCGCUUGGAGUCUCUGGUCCAAGGAUAGGCGCAAGCACUGCAGAAAUAGCCACAGCUCCCGUUACAGGUUUCUCGUCACGUUCUGCGUAUUUCAUAGCGGCCUUUGAAAGACGCGACGCACAGUGA